AUGAAGCUGGUGGUUCUGUUCAUGUUGGUCACCAUCCCCAUUUACUGCUAUGCCAGUGGUUCUGGCUGCAGUAUUCUAGAUAAUGUUAUCAACAGUGCAAUUGACCCAUCUGUGUCUGAGAAGGACUAUCUGGAAUUGCUUAGUCCAGAUCAACAUGGACCGUAUGUUAAAAAGGCCAUUAAGCAUUUCAAACAAUGUUUUCUAGACCAGUCCCAGGAGACUCUGGCCAAUGUUCAAGUGAUGAUGGAUGCAAUAUUUAACAGCAGCAGCUGUCAACAGUCAUCAUAA